GGUUCGGCUUGAUCCGUAUGGCAAGUAUUUCUUUCGCGAUGUCCUCUUUGAAGAGUUCACACAACUGGUUUUCGUUCCAUGUUUUUGUCCCUGGAUCAAUCAGUUCGAUGACAUGUUUCAUGCAACAGGGAGUGAUUGUGCCCAUUGGGGGUCCAGCAUCCCCGGCUUCACCACCUGCUUUUUCUUCUUAAUAGAACUAACUCAGCUUUACCAUAGGCCAGGGUUGAAGAAGACUGAAGCGUCAGCGUUACUUAAUCGAAGCCCGAUGCUUGACGAACGCAGCGAAAAAUCUGGUUCCUGGUGAAGAACGUACUCUCUCUCUCCCUCUCCAAUGAGAAAUCUUUUCAUGGUAAAGAAUCUCGUAUCUCCUUGCCGAUGAAGGGUCUAUUGCGAUCUCUUUCUGGGUAUGCAGGCUUUCGGGCUUUUUCGAGUAGAGGCGAGCUCAGGCUUGAUGGGGUCAAGGAUAUCAUCGCUGUGGCCUCCGGUAAAGGCGGCGUCGGCAAGUCCACCACCGCAGUUAAUUUGGCUGUUGCACUUGCUAACAUGUGUCAACUCAAGGUGGGCUUGCUAGAUGCUGAUAUUUAUGGACCAUCUGUUCCCAUUAUGAUGCAAAUACAUGAGAAGCCAGAUGUGACUGAAGAUAAGAAGAUGAUUCCUAUUGAGAUGUAUGCGGUCAAGUGUAUGUCAAUGGGUUUGCUUGUUGAAAAGGAUGCACCAAUCGUAUGGAGAGGUCCUAUGGUAAUGAAUGCUCUCGAAAAAUUGACAAGGGGAGUCCAUUGGGGAAAUCUUGAUAUUCUUGUAGUGGAUAUGCCACCAGGCACGGGUGAUACACAAAUAAGUAUGACGCAAAGGCUACAGUUAUCAGGUGCAUUGAUUGUUUCAACUCCCCAAGAUGUUGCCUUGAUCGAUGCUCGAAGGGGAGCUAGGAUGUUUGCUAAAGUUCGAGUUCCUGUUUUGGGGUUUAUAGAGAACAUGAGCUGCUUUAAAUGCCCACAUUGUGGUGAACCUUCAUACAUUUUUGGAAAAGGGGGAGCUCGAAAGACAGCCGAUGAGAUGGGUUUGGAGUGUAUUGCUGAGAUACCGUUGGAAGGAGACAUCAGGGAGAGUAGUGAUGAAGGUUUUCCUAUUGUAUUAUCGGCUCCCAAUUCGGCUGUUUCCAGAGCUUAUAGUGAUCUCGCUCAUAAAGUCGUGGACAAGCUGAAGGGAUUGGCAGAGCAGCAGUCGCCCCACAUGGAAUUCCACCUGUGAUAUCGUGAAAUACAUUGAUGCAGGUAGGACUUUAAGGUUUACUUUCUACCUCGUGUCUGCAGAAAGGAACUGAUCUGUCUAUUGCCCAAAAUUCAAGACCAAAAGUAGAGUCUCUGUUAGAUCAAGUCAAAGAUGCUGUUCCCCCAAACUUGCUUUGGCAUUUCAUUCAACACCGGAGACUUGAAACGUUUAGGGAACGUGAUCCCCCCCUUUUUGUGUUUAGUUGACCAGUAACAAAGAAAUCCCCCUCUUUCUCUUCAGCUGCUCCAAAAGUUCCAUUCCCCCUUCCUGUUCUCACCCAGCAUUUCCAAAGAGCAUAGGGCCCAGAAAAAGCUUAACCUGUUACCUUUAUUAGGUUGACCCCAUUUACCAAACUAGGGGUUUGGCAGUAUUACUGAGCUGUUGCUGAGAAACGCUUGUUUGUAUCUGGUUCAGUCCAUUGAAAUGAUGGAGAUGAAGCUGCUUGUUGUA